AUGCCAUCAAAGCUGGAGUACCUGCAGCGUUAUUUGUCCGACACUUGUAGAGGCACGGCUGACGGCGGAAGCAAGAAAAAGAAGAAAAGUAAAAAGUCGAGAACGGCCGAAUCUCUCCAGCUGGGCUCACGCAUGGUAGACGUAGACCAUGCGUGGGAGCAGUCUGCGCCUUGUAGAGAAGAGAUUGAGAAGAACUGGGAAAUGGACGCUGCAGACGACGAGCUGCCAUUGGUGGUGGCUACAGACAACGGAGAGCAGGUGGACCCGCAAGAUUUGCCAGUUUUCGUGGAUUCGGACAAGUAUCUUGGUAAGAUCCAUGGGACAACUAACCAUCAGAAUAUUAGCAAUGAUGAAGACCUAUCUCCACCAAGAAAGAAGGCUUUCGGACGUAUCGAGAGCAAGGAUAACGCGAGCAGCGACGCUUCUCCCCGUCUAAGACACUAUGAACCUGCGAGAACAGCGUCUAGCCAAAAAAGUAUUACAAGUGCAUCGGAGCCGCAUAACGAAAAGCAUACACAUAGGCAUGAGGGCGAGAAACAGGGUAGAGACGCUUCGUCUUCUAGGAUAUCUCGCCCAUCUCGUGUGAAGUUGCCGAGAGCUGAUGAUGCAUCACCGCCUCGAAAACCUCGACAAGAUAGCAGUGAAUCAAUCAACUUUAAAAAGAUACCUCAUGACCAUCCAAUCCGAUCAACUGGUCAUCCUGAUCACCAUCAUCAUGUGGACUCUCUCGGGCGGGAUAUCCCGUCUCUUUCCAAUAGAAAUAAAAGACGUUCUCGUUCAACUUCUUUUGAAAACAAAAAAGACAGCAAACGCUGCACCAAAAUUGAAAAAAAGAAACGUGGAACAGGUCGUGCUAGUCGUGAUGCAAGUCCUACUAACCAGGAAAGUAAAGCACGUCAGCGUCGCAGUCGAUCCCCGCGCUCUCGCCAUCGUAAUAGUCGGUCUCGGUCACCAUCCACACGUCAGCUACAUUUUUCAAUGUCGUCGAAGCGAAUCUCAGCGAUCCCCCGUCACCGCUCUCGUAUGAAAGAUAGCAGGCGCGAAUGUACUCGAUGUGAGACGCAGAAGAAUACGAGAUCCGAGUGUAAUCAUGAUGCUCGAAGUGGUCAUACGGCAGCACAAAUCUCUCCGUCCAGAGAUCCUGAACUUAAAUUGCGCGAUUCUGCGACCCAACAGCUGGAGAUGAACGAUAAGCCUAAAAGGGCAAAUGAUGGAAAGAAGGCAGGCCUAUUCACAGCCGCUGAAUUUGAACGUCAACGCGAAGUCGCAGCAAAGCAGAAGGAUGUCUUACGUGGUGUUGACUCAUCGGAAAUGGGCGCCAAUGCUGAAACGGUGUAUCGUGAUAAGCGUGGCCGGAAGCUUGACAUGCUCAAUGAGCUGGUUCGUCAACAGGAAGUUUUGGAUGGUAAACGCAAGCGUAAGGAGCGUGAAGAGUACGAAUGGGGCACUGGUGAAGUACAGAAGCGAGAGCGCAAGUCGCAGCAGGAGUUGCUUGAAAAAAUCAAGAAGGCACCAUUUGCUCGGCAUGAAGACGAUGAAGAACUCGAGCGCAUGCGACGGGAACGCAAAAAAAAAGAGGAGCAAGAAGGCUAUCGUUGGGACGGUGUUGUGCGCGGUACAAAUUGGGAGGAAAAAAUAAUGAUGCGACAGAAUGCCAAUGCUGCCGUAAGCGAAGAGGCUUACAAAUACGCUGUAGCAGACAUGUAA